AAACUUCCAGGCGCGGUUAGCUGUUAUUAAAUUGAUUUAAGUCAGACGUUAUAUUUAAUUCGGCGGAGGAAAAUGUUCAGCAAAUCAAUUAUUCAUCAUAAGUGUGGUAUAAGAAUCUUUCAUUUUCUUUGCAAACACAAUCUUUUUAUUUGAGCAAAUUAGUUUAAAGACACCACGGCCCCCACUGUAUAUAAAUACGGUGUGACAUCAGAGCUAGCUAGCUAUAUUAGCAUAAAUUAGCAAGACUGUGUCACACGACGCUAGCUAUUUAUAUUAGUGCUAAAAUUUAGCUAACUUUUGAACUGGCUAUACAGGCUAACUGAGAAUACUUAAAUAGUUCUCGAGUUGUUCUGUUUUCCUGUUUUAGUUGUUGAAAAAAAUCGUAAAAACGAGUUUCUGUGUUGUUAGUUUAGCAGGUAAGGUAAAGGUUGGUGCGCGAGCUGUGGUGUAGAUAAGUUCAAUAAAAGAAAUGCAGCCCUCAAACGGAGGUUCCCGCAUAAAAUUGAACCGAAAUGCGUUCAGGCUUGAGCAAGGCUCGGUGCCGAAACGACGACGCCUUGCCAGGUCGUCGGGGUCAGAGUGCACCGAUCCCGUCGCUAACGUGCACGCGACCGGUUCACGUGCAGGAUCUGCGCCGUGUGAACCGUCCCGCGCCCCAUCAGGACCGCGAGAAGCGCAUCAGCAUGAACCGACACGUAUGACAGCUAUUCCGACGUGCGAUACAUCGGUGCAUUCGAAAGAAGAGCCGCUCGAGCCGAGUCGGGCUCCGUGCACGCUCCGAGACUGCAGUAAUACUACAACUACUCCUAAUAAUAAUAAUAAUAAUAACAAUAACAGUGCGUCGCGGCGCAAACAAAUCCGCUGCCAUUUGCACCUGGCGCUGCGUUUUUGCGGCGGCGAGAAGUCCGCGAGGGACGCCGAGUCCGAGCAGAGCGUGUCGUGCACCGUGUCGCGUUAUUUAAACGGAGACGUGCGAGUCGAGACGACAAGCGCGAGCGGGGACGCGAUCGAUCCGCAUGCAGGAUCUGCGGGAAAGUCAGUAGCUAAUCAGGGUGUGAGCAAGUCCGGGGUUAAAACGGAAAAAAUACGACUAGGGGCUCCUGAGAAGAAAGAUGGACGAGCUGCUCAUCUAAGACCAAAUUUUAAUAGGAAAGCUGGACUGAGGAAACACUUUGGUUCAAUCUCAAGACUUGGUUCAGGGAGACAAGUCAAACGAUCUGUUAAAAAUGCAUGCUGUGCCUUGUGUGGUGAUGUAAAAUAUACCCCUCCUGCUCGUAAAAAAAACGCUCAUGUCUAUAAAGAUGGAUCAAGACGCCCGAGCCGGCCAAGAAGGCUGGAACGGACCAUGGUUCAUCCUGUGGCACGGGCUAAGAUGACAACCAGGCUGAUUAUCUGGUUCAGGAGGCACCUCAAGGUGAAACUCUGUGAUGUAGCCCAUGUGUUUGAUGUGACCUCACGUGACUUCUCGUGCAUUUUGCCAGCGGUGCUGCUGCAAAAGAGGAAGCACAAAAGAGUGAAAUGCUUCAGCAAAGAAUUCAAGUCACUGAUGCGCCUUGAUUCUCAAGGCAGUGGGAACUGUGGGAAGUGGAUUGGCAAUCAAUCCUGGGAGGUGUGUACUCCAACCAAUAGCUGUGCUUCUCUCUCAUCAGGUAAUCAAGUUUUGGGAUUUUCUGUUGGCGAGCGCAUUUUGGAUGUAGCAGAAGAUAUUGAGGGGUGGUCUGAGUCUUCGGAUAAACAGAUUUUGAGGAUGCCAGACUGUGAGAGAAUGAGACUGUCCUCUGUUGGGGGGACUGCAUGUGUACCCUUAAAACUUGGGGAGGUUCAGCAUUUUGUUGAGACUGCUGGUUAUGGGGCAGAAGGGUCAAGAGAAGUUCAGGAGGUCAAAGCUGCUUCAGUACGCCGUGUGCCCCCUUUGUUACUACGACGUGUUCAUGCCUGCAAUGGCUUUUCUUCCUCUGAACUCUUUCAACAUGUGGAUUUAGCUGACAACUUUACAGUUAGAGAGGUAGACACAAAUGACAGUUGUCUGGUGGAGAAUGGAUUGAAUGAUAGCUCAGUGGGGGAUGCUAACUCCUGCCAGAGAACCACUGCUUAUAUGUUGCGGCCCCGCUUAUCCUGUGCCCGCACUUACAGGUCUUGGCCCUUUCCCAGACACGGUCCUCCUUGUGAAAUGAAGGGAUCCAUCCGUACUGGCCCUCGAUGGAUUGUGACCAUGGAGGCUUCAGAAGGCACAAAAAAUGUGAGCAAUAACAUGCAAAUGGAUUUCAAUACAAGUUCUGAAGGCACAGUUGGGAAGAACACGAAUGAAAACCUUAUAGGUUUCGAACCACACGGUAGGAGUGUUGUGGUUCAAAAUAGCCAAGGGCAACUACAAUUUACAGCACAGAGUGACGGUGUUCUGGCCUCUCCAACUCUUGAGGAGACUUCAAAAGAUCAAUCAGAAUUCCAGAAAAAUCCAGGAAAAGUUUCGACAUCAGAUAGUAGUCAGGGGGAACUCUUCAAGCAUUCCUGCAGUGUGUUUCAGCAGAACCCAUCUAGUCUUGGUUUUGUACAUGAAAAUGAUUCUCAGGCUAUGGAUAUUCGUUCCCCAAAAGUCAUGAAUAGUGGCAAGCUAAAUGUGAUUCCUGCUGAGUCAAUCAGUGCUGUGGACACCGAGUCUGAUGAUCUUGGUGAUUCCUCCAUGAAUAGGACACAGAGUUCCAAGUCAAGUAAGUGUCUUCAGGAUAAUGAGAAUGGUACAGAGGCUACAACCUUCCGUCUUCCAGAUCCCCUUCCAGACCUCCAACAAAGUGCUUUUCAAACUUUGUCAUGUAUUGUACAUUCCAGAGAAGAACCACAGACCCCCACUGUGAAGGUACCUUCCAGUGUGGAACCAAAGCACACUUCCUCAGUGAUGGUACAUCCCAAAGAGAAGCAGACGUCUGAUAAAACUGCUGACCAAAACACUUCAUCCCCAACCUGCUUUGGAGGCAGUAGCUGGGACACACCCUUUAAAUCCAUGACAAACAGAGACUCCAUUUCCUCUAGUGGGGAAGAAAUCAGUAGCCCGUCUCCUGCCGAAAGACCUGAGGAAUGUGACGCAGAAUAUUUAUUGCUACAAGACGAGAUGUGUGAGAUUGGCAAGGCUAACAGAAGUCCUUCACCUCUUCCUGCCACAGAGGGCUCAGUGGUUACUGGUGACGACCUGGAUGUUGUGCGAGCUUACGAGGAUGAUGCAAUUGUGCUCGAUGUCAUUCAAGAUGACCCAGAUCUCUUUGGGGCCAUUGUUAUGGGUACAUCAGGAAAUUCAGCCUCAAAAGCCAAUCCAGCUGCAGUUCAGAGGGGAAAGAACAUGUGCAUGCAGACUGACCAGGCAACCUUGGUCAGAAAACCCAACAGGAUAGUCUGGGGCUUAGAGUCAGAAAGUCCCAGGAAAAAUGUUCAGACUGCCGGUGAUGUCCAUUUGGAGAAUCAUGAUGGUUUUUGCAGAGGGGAGGCUAAUGAACUGGCUAAGGGCUCCAAAAGUCAGCCGACGUUUGGUAUAAAGUGGCUCCCGGUUAACCCAUUAGUCAAGCAAGAGCAGAUGGUUCCAGAUUGUAAUAAUAACCUGGAUGAGAAAAAAAGUACCGAUCUGAAUGUCAACACAGUGAAUACUGGAUUGACAUGGCUGGUGGAUGAUGCACGCAAUAAUGUUCAUACUACUGCUGGGAAAGAUAUCAACGUUGUGAGACCAUUAACAUCUUCUUAUUGCUGGUACUACUUCAGUGAGCAUCACUCAUGCUUGCGGAAUGUGUGCUGGUUCCUUCAUGUGCCCAGGGAUGAGGAUGAAAAGUUUUGCAUGGAUAUUGUGCAGAAGUUCUGUCGUGUUGGAAGUCCUCCAAUUGUCCAGCGAGCAGUGGAGGUUUUUGUUGCUUAUUACAGGACCAAUUCUCCUGGUGUGAGUUUCAGUCAGAACAUCACGAACCAGUUGCUCUCAUCUCUGCUCAACCUGGCACUGCUCAGGGACCUGGUGUCAGUUAUAAACACACUCCUCACACACAAGAGAAUGCCUCCUCUUGAAUUUGUGAUGGCACUUUAUGAACAUGUUCGGGAUAGAGGAAUCCUAAAUUUUGUACCGGAGCUCAUACUUCUCACGUCAAAGAUUACAGAGGUGGGGGGUGUGUUCAGUGUUGAGCAGUGCGAGAUGAUGCAGCUUCAUCUUGAGUCUUUGCACGUACCCAGACAUCAAAUGGACAUUUUUUGCGCAGUAAAAUGCAGGGCUCUGGCCACUAACCCACACACUGCUGAGCUGUCGGAGUUGGCCCAGGCUGUAGUCCGAUUGGAGCUCUGUAGGCAGCAAGAGGACUGGCCUGCUCUAGCACGCGUGUUCUGCACUGUGUGUGGUGGUCGUCACAGUGCAGUAGAGCUGUCAAGGUUCUGCUGCUGUGUCACCAUGGCGCUGCUGAAAGAGCCUAAAGACAAACUGACUCUGCCUUAUGAACCAUUCGCUGAGUCAGUUUGUCAGGAAAUGCCGUCAGACGAGAUGGUUAAAAGCUUUCUGGGACGAGUAGGAGUCUCACUGAUGCUCAGCUAUCACAGAACCCAAGACUGGACCAAGGGUUUGAAGCUGUUGUGCGUGAUGUCUAGAUUGGAGCUGGAAUUCACUAUGCUCAAAGGGCUCUUUAGUAGUGAAAAUGGAACAUCUCGCUGUCAGCUUGUCACCAUUGCAACGGAGUUCUUCCUUAACAGUGGCAGCAUAGAAGGAGCACUGAAUAUCCUCAAAGCUAAUGAAUGGUUCGUGAGCUCAAGUGCAUGGCCGUGUGAGCAGGAAGACGUACAGAACCGCAGGAGAGUACUGACUCUGCUUGCUGAGAAGACGUCAUACAGAGACACAUUGGAGGUCCUCACUAACCUGCCCGGUCUCAGACAGCCAAUAGAUGGUGUUCAGGCGGGUGAGUACAAUACCAUGUUUAAUGCACACCUUCGAAGGUGUGUGAUGAAUCAGGUGUUGCCGGUUGCUGCAGACACACUCGAAUUCAUGCUGACUCAGGGAAUCCCACUGGACUUGUCGGAACUUCAACAUCUCAUCCACAAACUAGGCAAACAGAACAGUUGGAGCCGUGCCAGGACUCUGUUCAAACGUGCUCAUUCUGCAGGUUAUUACUCUGGGGUUGUGUGUGAGAAGGAUUGCUUGGCCCUGCCCUGUUGUCUCACAGAGAUUGAGAUGACUCUGUUAUUUGAGAUGUUCAUUGCCUGCAUCUGUACAAGCCUUGAAAAUCCCAGUGACUCUUCCCAGCCACUGCUCAUCACACUCAAACGGCGCACUGGCAGUGAGAUGGCGAUGGAGAGUGUGUAUUUGGCAGCUGGAUGCCGCUUGCUUUCAGCAGCACUGAUACCGAACCCCAAACUGAGCAUUCGUUACGCAGCUGUCAAUCAGGAACAGGAGCAGCUUUUUAAACUGGACCGUGGCUCUGCAGCUAAGUGGCUUUCACAUAACCGCAGCUGGGCUCAGGGGAUGUGGGCAGGCUCACACACACUCACACAAGCCAAAACAGCCAGAGACUCUGAAAGACCUUCCGAGGUAAACUGAUUGUCACGACAUAUAGCUAAUACAAACUACUGGUCCUGUAAACUGAUCAGCAGUGAAUUCUUUAAAAUUAAGUUCUUAGAUAUAGAAAAAUAAUUGGCUUGUUUAAAAAUGGACUGAUUGUGUGCUUAAGAAUAAAGGGCUGGUUGGAUGUGUUUUUUCACUGUGAGAGGACUUGGCCGAUUUUUAUAUUUUUUUUUCUGGCUCUGCUUUUUAAAUUUCUUUGGCUAUUGAAUGUCUUAUUUCAUAAUGUUAGUAAUACAAACCCAUCUAGCAAAUGAGCCUCAACACUACACAGUUGAUGCUGCAUAAGAAACAGUUUUGAAACAGAAACAGAAAUCAGUUUUUGGCACUUACUUUGCAUAUAUUUGGAUUUAGAUUUAGAUUAUGAUACUUUUUUUGUUUCAUGUGCAGCAGUUUGUUUUAUAGUUAACUAUGCAAAUAGAAAAAUGCCCAUUUUAGAAAUGAUGGAAGAAAAGUCUGAGACGUGUGUGAAGUCUGCCUUUUGCAAAUUUCCAAUGUGUGCAGUUUCAGUUUGUUCCAUUUUCAAAUAUUGUUGUAAAUAUUUGAAAAUAAAUAAGUGAAAUAAUUCAUUCUUGUGCAUGUCAAAGACAUAGUUAUGGAGACAUCUAAACGGGGUUACAUAGCAGUAGUACUGUGUUUAUAGGCAACAGUGAUCAGUAAUCCUGUAGCCCAACAUUCUGGUUAGACAGACAUUGUGCCUGAAGAAUAGCUGGUUUUAUGACCAAUUAGCUAUUCUUCAGCUGCAAGGUGUGUACUGGACAUGGUAGGGAAUGUCCUACAGGUUGACCCUUGUAGCACAUUGUAAAGUCAUCCAACAGGUUUUUAAGAUUGAGGCACCUAAUCUUAGGUAGAGAAAUGGAGUUCUGUCACAUGGUCACCCUGCAAUCUGGUCGUCAGUGUAUGUGCAAUGAGUCUAUUUCCAAGGUAUGUAGAGUUCACUCAGCCCUUUGCUAAUGUGAUUGACACCCAAAAAAGACAACAAAAAUCAUGAGAUGAUAUUGUUGAACCCUUCAAAAUGCGACUGUGUCACAACAUGGCUGGGAACAACUUGAGGGCCGGCCAGGCUGCUCUGAACACGGACAGAUGCACAGAUGGAUACACAAAAAGACGAACGGUUAGUCAAAUGCACAGGCAACCAAAGCAAAGAAUUGUCAACACCUUAGGGAUAGAUGGUUGUUAACCUUCACAAAUCAGGUAAUGGAUGUAACAUAUAUGAACAGUUAAAAAUACAGUUAAACUCAUUUAGGGCCAUGUAAAAAAAAUUUCGCAUAUCGGAAACAGCUGGGAAUUUCAGCACUCAUAAGCUCAUUGUCUCCCACACACUGAGGAUGAUGGUAAAAAAGGGAAAAAAUAGCCCAAGGAUUACAGUUUUAGAAUUGUGCAGUUGAUUCUUGUGGUUUAUCAGGUUUCUAAAAUCAAAUGUUAAAUGGCAUGUAAAAAAAAAAUCAAUGGAUCUGAAUAGAAACAAAAAGAAACACAAUAUGAAGAGCUUUCUGACAUUAAAGUUAAUUAAAAAGUUUUUUGUUGUUGUUUUGGUAUUUACAUUUUUGGGAAAAGAAAGCACAAGGUGCUGAGGUUUAGA